AUGUCUGCGAUUUCCGUGAUUGCGGGGCACUUGGAGUUGAAGGGAAAGCCACCUGACCUGGAAAAAAAGUUUUCGAUGGUUGUGACAAGUUGGCUAACCGAAGCCCUGGAAUCCGUGAAGCGAGGCCGCAUCGACAAGGCUUUGGCCCUCGCCAAAGAGCUCAAUACAGAGGAGGAGCCGAGCCGCCUCCUGGCAAGAGCCUGCUCUGAGGGAGCUGCCGCCGCCUAUGCGGCGGACCGUGAGGCCCGGGAGAUGGCUGUGGGCCUCGCCGUUGCGGGGUCCACCUUCGAAAUUCCCGGCAGAGACGUGACUUUAAUCCGGCCACGACAGCUGGUCGAAGGUUUCUGGCUGCGAAAGAUCAGCGAUCAGCACGAAGCCGCGGAGAGCCUGAAGCGACUGGCCAAAGCUGCCGUGACGCUGAAGGGCCUCGACGACGAGGCGGUGCUGCGACGCUUGGACGAGGCCCCCAGCGCGGAGUCCUCUGCAGCUGCAAGGGACUACCAGCUGCUUGCUCGGAGUUCGGUGCUUCGCUUGCAGACAUCUCGAAGCAUGGCCGUCUUGCAGGCGUACAUCGGCAAGCGCAUCCAAGGCGAUGGAACCGUUCUCCCUCGGCUGCCGACGCUUUGGUCUCUCUUCGUGAAAGCUGGCACUCACAUUCGAGAUGCUCUGCUCAGUGGCGAGCCCGAAGGACCGUUGAGUGGAGCUGCUGAGGCUCCAGGUCCGGGUCCCUUCCUCUGUGGACCCUUCCGUGGCCUGGCGGCCCAAAGACAGGCCUCGGUUACCAGGCACAUGGAGAUUCUGACAGAGCUCAUAUCCGAAUCUGCCGCGACUCUCUUCGAUGCGGACGACGGUCUGGACCUCCUGGGUCUGGCGGAGGACUUUUACAAGGCCGACUGCCCGAUGGAGGUGCGCCAGCAGACGGUGAAGAUCUUCCGUGCCACAGCGGCUGCCAUCAGGGAGCGAUGA